AUGAUUAAGGCCAAAACAAGUCUUGAUAGGGAAUCUACCAUUCGGGAGGAAGAGGAGCUAACCAGUCAAGUCCAUGUCGGACCGACUUUCCCACUUACUCCGGAUCAACUCAUCGAACUACAUGAUCCGAAGUCCCUUAUUGCUUUUAAGAACAUAUUCGAUAAUGAUGCUAACAACCUGUACAAAUAUCUGCACACAGAUGAGCACAACGGUAUUAACCUUGCAGACGAAACUAUAACAGAAACAGAACGCUACAAAAUAUACGGAGAUAACAGAAUCCCAGAAAGAAAACCCAAGUCCUUCUUGAGACUGGCUUGGGAGGCGUUUAACGAUCAGACAAUGAUCUUACUUACGGUCGCUGCUGUAAUCUCAUUUUCUCUAGGAUUAUACGAGACUCUUGGUCAACCACCAGAAUAUGAUGCAGAAGGCCAUGAGAUCACGAAAGUUGAUUGGGUAGAAGGUGUGGCCAUCAUGAUCGCUGUCCUCGUCGUUGUACUAGUGGGCUCAGCGAACGACUAUCAAAAAGAGCUGCAAUUCGCCAAGUUGAAUGAGAAGAAGAACGAUCGUGAAGUCGUGGUAGUAAGGAACGGAGACGAACAUCUUGUAUCCAUUCAUGACCUUUUAGUAGGUGAUGUGAUCAAUUUGCAAACCGGUGACGUCGUGCCUGCUGAUGCUGUCCUCAUCUCUGGGUCAUGUGCCUGUGAUGAAUCCGCACUAACUGGUGAAUCUGAUACAAUGAAAAAGACUCCUUUAGGUGUAGCUAUUGCCAAAUUUGACGAAAUAACAGCAACAGACGCAAGUAGGGAUAUUGGAUCUCGUGGUGAUCAAAAGAUACCAGACCCCAUGCUAAUUUCCGGUUCAAAAUUACUCUCUGGCUUGGGUCGCGCUGUAGUCACGUCAGUUGGGGUAAAAUCCAUACACGGCAGAACGCUAAUGUCACUUAAAAUCGAACCAGAAGCAACGCCAUUACAGGAGAGGUUAGACAAUCUAGCCGAUAAUAUAUCUAUCUAUGGUUCUGUCGCGGCAGUCAUUUUGUUCAUUGUUCUGUUUUGCAGAUUUUUAUCUUAUCUCCCUUCUGGUAAGAAACUUCACGACAUUACACCAGCUCAAAAAGGUUCUAAAUUCAUGCAAAUUUUUAUCGUAGCGGUUACCGUCAUUGUAGUUGCUGUACCAGAAGGACUACCGCUUGCUGUCACCUUAGCGCUGGCGUUUGCAACAACACGGAUGACCAAAGAUGGGAAUCUUGUAAGGGUACUGAGAGCGUGUGAAAUUAUGGGUUCCGCAACGGCAGUUUGCUCGGACAAAACGGGCACAUUAACUGAAAAUCGAAUGACUGUAGUCAAGGGCUUUUUAGGAAAUUCUGAAUUUGACGAUACCGCUAAUGUGACCGAUGAAAGCUUGGAAUCUGAUAGGGUAUUUGCUGAAAAAUGUUCCAAGUCACUAAUUCAUGAUGUACUGACGAAUAUAACGUUAAAUUCGACUGCUUUCGAAAAUAAGGAGAUGGAGAAUGAUGAGCAGACAAAUGAGAAUCCAUACCACAAAUCUCGAAAAUCAUUAUUCCCUUGGAGUCGUAAUAAUAAGAAGAACUCACGGACAAGAGAGCUGAUUGAUAAUAUAGCCAAUGCACAGAAAGACCGAUUCAUUGGAUCCAAAACAGAGACAGCAUUAUUAUCUUUGGCUGCAAAGUCACUGGGAAUGCAACAGUUGCACGACUAUCGUAACAAUCCUCAUUUGCUGGACAUUGAGGAAAUUGUCCAAGUCAUUCCCUUCGAGAGCUCUCGCAAAUGGGGUGGAAUAAUAGUGAAAACUGAUAACGGACUUCAUCGUGCGUUAAUUAAGGGUGCUGCAGAGCUGGUUUUGAAAAGAUGUGAUAAGAAGAGAUUAUCAGAGGGGCAAGAAAUACAAUUUACAUCUGAGCAAUUCGAUAAAGACUUUGGCGUGAUACAACACUUGGCAGAAGGUGCUUUAAGAGCAAUUUCUUUCGCCCACAGAGACUUUCCAGAUUGCAAUGCCUGGCCUCCCAAGGAUUUACAAGAUUCCUAUGAUCCAACUAUAGCUUCGCCAGAACUACUCUUCGGCGAAGAAAUUCCAAGGCUGUCAUCUGCUGAUUCAAAAUCGUCUGAAAAGUCGAAUCACAUCAGUGAAAAUAAUCAUGGAUUUACGCUAGACGGUAUUGUAGGUAUACAAGAUCCUCUUCGCAAAGGUGUGAAGGCCUCUGUUGAACAAUGCCAGAAGGCCGGCGUUACUGUCCGUAUGGUGACUGGUGAUAACAUUCUAACAGCAACUGCCAUCGCCAAAAAUUGUAGCAUUUUAAAUGCUUCUCAGGCCGAAGAUCCGAACUGUGCUAUGGAAGGUCCUCGAUUCCGCAAGCUCUCAUACAAGGAGCGGGUUCGUAUUCUCCCCAAGCUAAGAGUCCUUGCAAGAUCUUCACCUGAAGAUAAGCGAAUUUUGGUUGAAACUCUUAAAAAAAUGGGCGACGUCGUCGCAGUUACCGGUGAUGGUACGAACGACGCUCCUGCUUUGAAACUAGCAGAUGUGGGUUUCUCCAUGGGUAUAUCAGGAACGGAAGUUGCUCGUGAAGCUUCUGACAUUAUUUUAAUGACUGAUGACUUUUCUGCAAUUGUCAAUGCAAUCAAGUGGGGGCGUUGCGUUUCGGUUUCCAUCAAAAAGUUCAUUCAGUUUCAACUGACCGUUAAUAUAACGGCUGUUAUCCUGACGUUUGUCUCUGCUGUAGCCUCAUCGGAUGAAAGUUCUGUUCUGACUGCAGUACAGUUACUCUGGGUUAAUUUGAUUAUGGAUACCUUAGCAGCCCUUGCACUUGCAACAGACAAACCAGAUGCAGGCAUAUUGGAUCGGAAGCCAAAGGGUAGAAAUACACCUUUGAUUGCGGUAUCUACUUGGAAAAUGAUCUUAGGCCAAGCAACAUUGCAGCUGAUUGUUACUUUCGUCUUACAUUUCGCGGGUAAGCAAAUCUUCUUCCCCCACGAGGACACAAUUACUUCCCAUCAACAGGAACAACUCAAUGCGCUAACAUUCAACACAUUUGUGUGGUUGCAAUUUUUCAAACUCAUCGUCACUAGAAAGUUAGAUGAAGCUGAUGGUAUAUCUAAUGUGAAAGACAGGAUAACUGCUUCCAACCUCAACUUUUUCCAGGACUUGUGCAGAAAUUAUUAUUUCAUUGCUAUAAUACUCAUAGUUGGUGGUUUCCAAGUAUUAAUUAUGUUUGUUGGGGGAGCUGCAUUCUCAAUUGCGAAGCAGACCGGUGCAAUGUGGGCAACCGCCGUUAUUUGCGGGAUGCUAUCUUUACCAGUUGGUGCUUUAAUAAGAAUAUGUCCAGAUGAGUGGGUACUUAAAGUAUUUCCAAGAAGACUCGUCAAAGCCAUUUUAUAUGUGGUUGGAUUUGAGUUUUUAAGAAAAUCUAAGAAAGAAGAAGAUGAAGAAUCGCUUCUGGGUACUGAUGACGCAAAUAUAGUCGGUUCUACUGCAUUCGAAAGAGCAAAAUCAGAAAUGCUAACAUUCAAAGAACACAGGGAACCUGAAAAAAGCUUACUGAAUCCUAUAAAUGCUUACAAGAAAUGGAGGCAUUCUUCACUGUCAGACUCUGAAUCUGAAGAAGAUAAAUCUUACAUCGCUUCCCUAACCAUGGUACCGACUUUAGUGGGGGGAGCAGUGGGUGGAUUCUCUCACAUAUGUACAAAUAAGCCGCCAUCUUCCUCCAACUAG